AUAAUAAUAAUGUAACAGGUCAAGAUAUGGACGAUGAUGAUGAAGAAGAAGAUCAAAACAGUUAUGAUGAAAAUGAAGAUAAAUAUAAUGAUCUUGAUAUUGAACAAAAUAAAUUAUUACAAAGUAAUAUGAAAUCUUUUUUAGGACAAAGUGGAGCAAAUGAUACAGUUCAGGUUACAGAAACAAGUGGACAAACAGAUGGACAAUCAGGUAAAGCUGUAGCACGUGAAGAAAGUAAUGAAAAUCAAAAUAGUGAUAGAACUCAAACUGCUGAAAAUGGGGCACAAAAUGAUCGACCUAACGCAUCUUUAACUCCUUCAACAGAAGAACAAAAGUCUUCAUUACAAAAUACAAGUGACCAAUCCUCUAGUAGCACAAAUGAUCUAAACACUGAUAAAAAGAAUGUUGAAGAACUGCAAAAAACUGCAGAAUUGUCUAAUUUAAAAAAUAUAGAUAAACUUUACGAUGAACUUCUAGACUAUUUAGAUAAAAAAAAAGAAGUAAAUACCAAUAAUUAUCUUACAAAAUAUAAUGAAUUUAAAAAUAAAUUUGAUCAAUUUAUAUUGAAUGAUCAUGAAUAUGAAUUACUUAA